AUGAAUCGUCGUAAUCGCGGCUCUUCUUCUUCCUCUGCUGAUGCUUCUAGGGUUUCGAAAAGUUAUGGGAGUCGUCAAACCUCUGAUAACCCGAUAAAUAUCACGACGACCGGAUCCGGCGGCGGAGCCAGCGAUUCCUUUCGGAGAAGAUCCGAUUUGCAACAUAAACGAAACAGUGGUAAAGACGAAGCAGAUAUUAAGGACGCAGAUCCUGCUGACGUUUCCUUCAUCGUCGGGACUUGCUCUUCCAUGUGUCCAGAGCGCGAAAGAGUCACGAGAGAACGCCUACGUGAUCUCGCAAUUCUUGAGAGGCUUAAUGGAAAUCCCAAAAAAUCAUCUAUAGAUCUAGCUGUUAAAAAGUUUUGCAGAACCCUUUCAGGGGCGGAUGUUCAGGCAUCGGAUGUAAGACCGCUCCCGGUUUUAGAAGAAACCUUGAGAUACCUUCUAAGUUUGCUGGACUCCAGGGAGCACCCGUUUGAAGUGGUUCAUGAUUUUAUUUUCGACAGGACAAGGUCUAUUAGACAAGAUCUUAGCAUCCAGAAUUUAGCCAAUGAGAGAGUGAUCCACCUUUACGAGGAAAUCGUUAAAUUCCAUGUCAUAUCUCGCCAGAGGCUUCAGAGUUGUAGUGGUACAAGUAUUAGCUCAAUGCAUCACUUGAACAUGGAGCAGCUUGCCAAGACUCUUGCCUCUUUGUAUAAUAUUUAUGAUGCAAAUAGGAAACCGGAUUACAUCCACGAAAAUGAAGCCGAGUUCCGUUCACUCUAUGUGCUGCUUCAUCUCAAUCCCAGUAUUGCAGUGAUGGGGGAACCACUGUCUUUGUGGUUUCGCAAGUUGACUUCUGCUUUAAUAAAAUCCAAGGAAAUGUGUUUUGUACGAAACCUUUUAAGAUCAUAUCGGAUUGGUAAUUACAAUAAUUUUCUAAGAACAACGGCUUCUGAAGCGACAUUCUUGCAGUAUUGCAUUAGUGAACCCCAUAUUAAAGAGAUGCGAUCAUUCGCUGUGCAAUGCAUAAACAAUGUUUGCUACAAGCUUCAACCCUAUCCUCUCCUACGGCUAUCUCAGAACCUGAUGAUGAAGGAGUUGGAUUUGGAAUCUUUAUGCCAUGAGUGUGGUCUUGAGACAUGUACUGAUUCUGAUGGGUGCACUGCGUUGCCUGCGAAGCAACCAACAUUUCUUAGUCCAGUGGAAGGUUUCAAAGUUUAUGACUUGCUUGGAAUUGACCGAAUUAUCAAGAGAGAGAUUUGA